AUGGCCAGAACACCUGUAAGCGAUGUGGUGCCGGAUUGUGAUCACAUUUCUACAAGCUCUGACGCAUGUACACUUCAUUUCCUCUGCUGCAGUAUGGUAAAAUGUGAAAAGUGCGAAGGAUACUUUGACAAAGAUAAGGAUCCUGAACUCAAAGCACAUAUAGCUAAUGUUCAUACUCCCAAACCAAUUUUCGGCUGCGUUCAAUGUACUCGAACAUUCGAAUCGUCAGAUGCUGUUGCACAACACUAUUCAGCUGAGCAUGCAUUCAUAUGUGAAGCUUGUCCUGGAACUUUCUUCAUCAACCCCGCUACUCGAGAGAAACAUUUUGCUAUUUGUGGCAAUUCCUCAGAGACGUCAGAUUCUGGUGAAAGUUUUCAAACAUCACGAACUGAAUUUUCACCAUUCAUGCAAAGAAACGCAAUACCACUCGUGUCCACCAAAGCAUCUCUACCUCCAACUCAACCACUUGUUCGAAUCCACAAAGAGUUUAAUAUCUCAAGAAUGAAUGCUAUAGAAAGACUCGCCCAAAAAAUCCUCGAUGAGGCAAUCGCAUAUCAGAAACCCACAUAUCAAUGUUCAAAGUGCGAUGUACCGCUUUUGGAAUUCGAAGACGACGAAUUGUGA